AUGGCAAGGCGCCUCCCGACCGGACGGCCCCCGGCCCGGCUCGGCCCCGGCCCGACCAUGGGCCGAGACUACACCAUCAGCGGCGUCAAGGUGGCGUUCCCCUUCAACGCCUAUCCGUGCCAGGUCGCCAUGAUGGCCAAGAUCGUCCAGGGGCUGAAGCACGGGCAGAACUGCCUGCUGGAGAGCCCGACCGGCUCCGGCAAGAGUUUGGCGUUACUCUGCGCCGCGCUCGCCUGGCAGCAGGCCGAAGCCGCGAGGGUGGACGAGCACAACAGAAAAAUUGACAUCGAAGAACGGAGUGAGUCGAUCGGCCGUAUGUUCUCAGUUUCGUCUCAUCCUCACAUGUUGUGUCUUGUUUAG